GAUGUGGAGUGCGUAUCUAAAGGUGAAGGUUGGAUCCGAAAUCACAAGUUGGUGAAUCUGCUGGGUCUUUCUCAGGACGUGGAGUUGUGUUCCUCCGUGUGCUUGCAAGCAAUAACAGGUGACAAUGUCUGAUCCGACGCCCAACCGCAACCCAGAAAUCAAAUACAAACAACUGUUCAUCAACAAUAAGUGGGUGGAUGCUAAGAGUGGCCGCACCUUCACGACCUUGAACCCAUGCACAGGGGAGGUAAUCUGUGAGAUUCAGGAGGCAGACAAGAUCGAUGUAGACCUGGCAGUUGCAGCCGCCCGAUCGGCCUUCAGGACGGGGUCAACAUGGAGGACGAUGGACGCAUCCAAGAGAGCAGCUCUCAUCAACAAGUUUGCCGAUCUACUGGAGCGAGACAAGGAAUACAUUGCGAGCCUGGAGACUCUGGACAAUGGGAAGCCAUUCCUGGAUUCUGUGGACGACAUUGGAGCAACCAUUGACUGUUUCCGCUACUUCGCUGGCUGGUGUGACAAGAUCACUGGUCAGACUAUCCCUGUCGAUGGAAGUUACUUCACAUUCACUCGGCGUGAGCCUGUUGGUGUCUGUGGACAGAUCAUCCCGUGGAACUACCCCCUGGCCAUGGUGUCCUGGAAGUGGGCUCCUGCACUCGCCUGUGGCUGUACCGUCGUGAUGAAGCCUGCCGAGCAGACCCCCAUUACUGCCCUGUAUGCAGGGGCACUUAUCAAGGAGGCUGGAUUCCCCCCUGGGGUGGUCAACAUUGUCCCUGGAUUUGGUCCCACAGCCGGCGCCGCCAUUGCUGAACACAUGGACGUGGACAAGGUGGCCUUCACAGGCUCCACUGAAGUCGGCCACCUCAUCAUGCAGGCUGCGGGGAGGAGCAACCUGAAGAGGGUCAGUCUGGAGCUUGGGGGGAAGAGUCCCCUCAUCAUCCUGGCUGAUGCUGACGUUGAGGAUGCGGCCAUGUGGGCCCACGCAGCCAUCAUGACCAACCACGGCCAGAACUGCUGUGCAGGGUCAAGGACGUUUGUGCAGGAAGGGAUCUACGACAAGUUUGUGGAGGUUGCGAAGACCAUGGCGGAGAACCGAGUUGUCGGAGAUCCGUACGAUGUCAUGACGCAGCAGGGGCCUCAGGUUGAUGAUGCCCAGUUCAAGAAGAUCCUGGACAUGAUAAAGAGUGGCAAGGAUGAGGGAGCCAAGUUGCAGUACGGGGGAGAGAGGUGGGGCGACAAGGGCUACUUCAUCAAGCCCACAGUGUUCUCGGAUGUGACGAACAACAUGAGGAUUGCCAGGGAGGAGAUAUUCGGGCCUGUGCAGUCUAUCAUCAAGUUCCGUGACGUGGAGGAGGUUCUGGAGAGAGCCAACGCCACCAAGUACGGUCUGGCGGCAGGCGUCAUCACAAACGACAUCAACAAGGCGCUCGUGUUGUCACAGAAGCUCCAGGCUGGCAGUGUAUGGGUGAACUGCUAUGACAUCGUCACCUGUCAGACACCAUUUGGAGGCUUCAAGAUGUCUGGGCAAGGGAGAGAACUGGGUGAGGAGGCCCUAAAGCAAUACACAGAGACCAAAACAGUGACCAUCAAAAUCCCACAGAAGAACUCUUAGCAGCCAUCUUGGAAGGAAGAGCUUUGAUUCUAUGGAAGAGAAGUUGUGCCAUAAUUGUAUGGUUAGCUUCAAUCACAUAUAUACAAACAGAUGUGUGUGAAUUGUUGCUUUCCACUUUACACAUUUUCCAGAUUAUCUGUAUCCAUGGUAACCAGUUUUCUAAAUCUAUAUAUUUACACAGAUAUCUGUCUUUUAGUGCUCUGUGCACUGAACAAAGUAUUUCAUAGAUCACACAGAGUGCACGCAACCCAGAAGUCCUGCAGGGUACAAUAUGAAUGGGUUACAGUUCACCUCCCUGUUGUUGCUCCUAUACUGUAACAUGGACGAGACUGUCAUUCAAUAAAGCCUUGUUUUUCUGGCAUAUAUUUGUACGCACAAAGACGAGGUGCCGAGAACUUUGACCCAUGGAGUGUCAGUGACUGUUCUGGCAGGGGUUACUACAGUGAAGGGGUGAGUGCAUGGUCAACAGUUGACCUAUACUAGAUGAAGGGCAUUUAUUUCAGGAAUAAAAUUGUGUUUAUAGUCA